UCCCCAAAUGACAUCAGCGGCAGUACAGUGAGAGUGUAGCGGCCGGUGGGCGGUCAGUCAGUGGCAGCGCUCAGACCCUGCGGGAGGGUCAGCGGGGGCUCAGUCUGCGGCCGGGGCUCCGCGCUGAUGAAGCCCCGCUAUGACCGCUUCGGCUGCGGCUCGUUGACCAUGAGCGGCACAGCGGCCCCAGUGGCCGAAGAGCCGGACGACGCCACCACCUUUUGCGCGCUGUUGCCCAGGCUCCCGCCCUGGAAAUUCUCCGCAUCUUCCCCGGGCUUCCUGAGCGGCCGGAGUCCGGCCCCGAGCCCCGGGCGGGCGGCGGCCACCACCACCGGGCUGGUCAGUGCCCUGGGAUCCUGCGAGUCCCUGUGCCCCGCUCCCUGCUCUCUGCACCCGCCGGCCAGGGGCCGGAGCAGGGCCGGAGACAGCAGCGCCCGGCUGCAAGGAGCCAGUCUGACCGGGGAGCAAAGCAACCGCAGGGGAAGCUUCAUCAACAAACCACCGCAAGGCUGGCUUCACCCAGAGACGCAAAUCCUGCAUUCCGGAGUCUUAUACCUGGUCCGAUAUAUGGGCUGUAUCGAAGUAUUAAAAUCAAUGAGAUCCCUUGACUUCAGCACCAGAACACAGGUGACAAGGGAAGCCAUUAAUCGGCUGCAUGAAGCUGUGCCAGGCAUAAAGGGGAUUUGGAAAAAGAAGCCUGCCAAUCAGUCGCUCUAUUCAGUCCUCGGGAGGAGCAACCUGAGGUUCGCCGGGAUGAGUGUCACCCUCAACAUCUCCAUCGAAGGGUUAAACCUGGCACUGCCCACGACAAGGCAGAUAAUCGCAAACCAUAACAUGCAGUCCAUCUCCUUUGCCUCGGGUGGAGAUAUGGAUACCACAGAUUAUGUUGCUUACGUAGCAAAGGAUCCUGUAAACCAAAGAGCCUGCCACAUACUGGAGUGCUGUGAGGGUUUAGCACAGACUGUGAUCAGCACGAUCGGACAGGCCAUUGAACUUCGGUUUAAACAGUAUCUGCACACCCCCCCAAAACCAGUGGCGCCACAGGACAGGAUGGCCGGCAGCGAGAUGUCUGCCUGGGGUGAAGAGGAGGAGACGUCAGACCACAAUUACUACAAUAGCAUUCCAGGGAAGCAGCCCCCGCUGGGGGGUGUGGUGGAUGUGAGGGGCAGACACUGGCACGUACAGACCCAGGCACCAUGCUCCUCAGGCACCCAGCAGAUCAACGGUUCCUCACAGAGGGCAAACGCCCACCCAUCGCAGCAGAACAUGGACAGUCACAGUGAAGAUGCAACAUUUUUUGUGGCAGGUGUGUCAGGUGAUGGCUACCUUCAGCCGUAUGGGAAAGUGCCUUGUGAACACAUGUAUGUGAAUACCCAGGCUCUUGAUGCCCAGCAGUGGUUGAAUGGGACAUCGGGGAGCAUGGCUGGUAGUCCCGAGAAGGAUGUCUUUGAUAUGAGGCCCUUUGAGGAUGCCUUGAAGUUGCAUGAUGCCGACUCGUGCAAAGGGGGAAUCCACGGGGCUGGAUGCAAGUGGCCAAAUGCUGGCUUGGCCAGGGACGCAGAGGAGGAGCAGCUGAAGCGGCAAACCUGGUACCAUGGGAAGAUCAGUCGCAAAGUGGCCGAAGCACUGCUGGUUCAGGACGGGGACUUCCUGGUGAGGGACAGCCUGACCAACCCCGGACAAUAUGUCCUGACUGGGUUGCACAAUGGACAGGCAAAGCACCUGCUGCUGGUGGACCCUGAAGGAGUGGUGCGGACAAAGGACCUGCUGUUCGAAAGCAUCAAUCACCUGAUCAACUAUCACUUUGAGAGUGAAGUUCCCAUCGUUGCGGCUGAGAGUGAAGUCUAUCUGAAACGGGUCAUCAGGGGGCCGCACGCGGUGUCAAUGUGAUGCUCGGUGUGAUUUGUGAAUGUCGGGACGUUUUGUUCAGGAAGCUCAGCUCUGGACUGGAUGACUCUGAAGAGCCCAGUCGGUUGUUGAACAGAGUCGUGGGUCGAGAUUCCUGCUCCACACAGCCUGCUCCCCCACCCUGCUCCUAGAGAGCCUCAUUGGACACGUGGCUUCCUGCAGACAGACAAUCGCCGCACCAUUACAGGCCAGGCAACGGGAAUGGACAAGACUUGCUUGCAGCUGAUCGUUACGUCGCUCACAAUCAGAUGACAAAUGACGGAGUCAACGUAAAUCAGGACUAUGCUGUUGUUUGUGUCCUAUAUGUUCAACACAGAGGAUAACAGGGACUGGUUUUUAGUGCAACUGGACAGUGUGUGGUUUUGUAAAUAUUGAAUGAUUACAUUUAAUCCCUCCUCUACCUCACACUCUCACUCUCACAAUGUCUCUCUCACACUCACUCUCCCCUCACACUCACU